AAUUCUGGAAGAGCUUCCCCAACUUUGGAAGGGUCUUCCGGAAGACUUUGAUUGCGUUUGCAUUGUGUGGACGUCAUCAUUUGGAACGAACCAACUUACCGCUUUUAAUAGGGGGGGUCGCAGCAGACGCGAUAUUUACAACUCAAACAGCAAUACAAUGCCAGAGCGACCGUGAAUAUCAGAUAUAUUUGAUAGUAAUCUGAUAUAAAUAUACUGUUUGAGUAAAUAUGAUUAAAAUUAUGUGAUUGAAAUCAAAGUAGUAAAUUGCUGGUUUGAGCAUCAACCCUUUGCGGGGAGUGGUAACUCCCAAGUGCAAAUGGCUGACGUCUCAAGCCCGGCUACAGGACACGUCGAGACUUUUCGGAACAUAACGGCUCCCCCCCGAAACUUGCAUGAACAAUUCCUCUCGCCCUUAAAACUCUGAGCAGGAUUUAACUCGCGCGAACCGGGCCUCUGUGCGAUCGUUCGCGAUGCCCGGCCGCCUCUACGGUGCCGUCGCUCCGUUCCCCAACCCCGUCGACGACCCCAGCAACUCGUACAUCUUCUCCGGCGGCCGUGGCACUGGCAAAGGCGACAGACGCGACGUCGCUUCCUCCUCCUCCUCGCCACCGCUCGGCACGCUCUCAUCGGACGAGGACGACGAGUCCACGGCCCUCAUCGCUGCCACCGCCGAUGCCGGUGUCACCGCCGCCGUCACCGCGGAAACCUCCGGCGCCGCUGUCGCCACGGAAACCAGCGCCACCGACGCCAUCGAGCUGCGGGUGCGAGCCACUCGCGACGGCGCGAGGAUGGCGGGCGAGCGGCCGCCGCCGCUCGCGGACGUCGUUUUCCUGGAGCGCGAAGUGCGGGAGGGCGACUCGCUCGUCACGUUUGCCCUGCAGUAUGGAUGCUCAGUGUCUGACAUCAAGCGCGCCAACAACCUGAUGAGCGAGCAGGGCAUGUAUGCGUUGCGCUCCGUGCGCAUCCCUGUGCGACGCCACGGGCUGCUCACCGACGCUGUCGAGGAGGCGAGGAGAAGACCGCUACCACCACCCUCAUCAUCAUCAACCACCUCAUCCUUGCCCGCCACUGCCGGUGCCUCUGUAGCCACCGGCGGUUCCAGCUUGCCGACAGCGCGGCUUGCGGCUGUACCGGCGCCGCCGUCACCGAUGGCGUCACCAGCGGAGGUGGCGGCGACGGCGGCCGCGGUGGCAUUCCUGCGCGUCAUGGAUCGCGACAUCGCGAACAUCGCGCGCCGAACCGACGUCUCGAAGGCCUCGCUCGAGGAGGUUACGCAAGCGCUCACCGAGAAGCGCUUUCACCCGUUGGGUCCUCGGCAGCACUUGCACCAGCUAGAGUUUCGUCAGGAUAAUCAUCAGCAGCAGCAGCAGCAGCUCGAAGGCUCCUCGCAUCACCGCCGACGGAAGGAUUCGUGCGACGGUGCCGACUGUGGAAUCCGCUGGUGGAGCGCGGUGGCCGUGAUGCUGCUCGUGGGGGUGGCCAUGCCGCUGGUCUACUACGCUUUCCACGCCGUGCGUGCACGACUCGACAGCCCGGCCCCGCUCGCCGGAGAGGACGAUCCAGCUGCAGCCGCGGCUGCUGCGGCUGCUGCGGCAGAGGCGGGUGGGAUUCCAGGAAAGGGCGAACAGCAACGCCAGGGACAGCAACACGAACGACAGCAGCAGCAGGUGCGAAGGUUGGUGUCCAGGUUUCAUCGGGCGCCCAUCGAACUGAGGUCGACGCCGGACGGGACAUUGCCGACGGUGGCAUCGAAGCAGAUUCCUGCGGCGAGUGGGUGAGGAGGGAAAUCGAAAGUUUGUGACAAUUAGCGGAGUGCAAGGGACAGAUGUACCGUGCACACGUGCGUGCACGCAAUACCCGUAUGGACACAGAGGCACCCACUCACUCACGUGCACACUCGCGCGUACACACAAGCGUAUAAAUGCACAUACAUAAUAGAGUACACAAAUAUGCACACAGAUGAACCCAGACAAACAAAAGAGGAUGACACAGAUCCCUGUGCAGUCUUAACAGACUGUUGGGGUAAUUGCCGUUAUUGAGCACCUAUUAAAGCUAACACGGAGCAUAAAGGGAUGGUCAGCGCCACGCCAGGCCGCAUUUAUCUCUGCAGUGCUGAUGUUUACAGAUUGGGUCAACUGAGUGGAGGCCAAGACAAGUUCAGUUGCCACUAAAGUUGUGCAUGACCAGGAAUUGGAUCCAGGUCACUAGGAUUAUCGCACAUUAACAAACAAAUGCAAACACACUCAUGCACUGCCAGGUUCGGACACACAACGAUUGUUUAUCUCUGAAAACCUCACCAAGUCUCAAGGUGCUUUGUCAGCGCCGUCCUGCUGCUUGAUAGUCAGACCGGGCAGCGCUGUGGUUGGAGCACUCAAUUCACAAUCAGAAGAUCACGCGUUAACAUUCUGGUUGCCGGUCGACUCAGCCCAUAAUCUCUUCAGGGUCAAUGAAACGUCUGUGGGAAGUCAAUAAUGGCCAUCCUAUGGCUAGACCGGCCCUCGCAAUGUGACCCACACGCGAGUUAACUUUAACCUUUGUGUGUAAGGAGAGCUGGUUUACUGCACUGGGUGUUUGCAUUUACAUAAUCCAAGUACACAUGUACACAAACGCAAGCUUGAUUGUUUUUUAUAUAAAAGGAGACGAAGCAACACUUGAACGCCUCUAGGUGCAUAUUUAGCAACCUACGGGAACAUGUAGAUGAAUGGACAUGAUGUACGCUUAGUAAUGUUCCUGUUAGCGAAGGCGUACGUGACAUUUGAGAUAUCCCAAGGAGGAAAACAAAAAACAAUUGCAUCUUUCAGCUGCCGUGCAGCUAAAAAAAAA